AUCAACUCAACCGUGACCAUGUCCUUCAAGCAGUACGCCCUCUUCCCUCCAACCCCGACAACAGCUCGCGGUGUGGCCACAAGACUCAGCGCGCAUAAGGAGAAGAUCGUCUAUACGAAUGGCAAAAGCGUCAUUAUUCGCGAUCUAAACAAUCCCCUGCUAGCAAAGGCUUAUGUUGGCCAUGUCCAAAACACCAGUGUGGCGCGUAUCUCGCCUACAGGUUACUAUUGCGCGUCUGCCGACGUCUUUGGCACGGUCCGCGUCUGGGACACUGUUGGUGAAGACAAUGUUUUGAAGGGAGAAUUUAAGGUCAUCUCAGGGAAAAUUAACGAUUUGGAAUGGGAUGGGGAAAGCAAACGUAUCAUCGCCGUUGGGGAUGGACGAGAGAAGUUCGGUCAUGCUUUCAUGUUUGACACGGGCUCUUCGACUGGGGAAAUCAGCGGGCACACAAAGGCUAUCAACGCCGUUGCGAUUCGACACCAACGGCCAUUCAGAGCUGCCACCGCAGGAGAUGACGGCCUGAUUAUCUUCCACCAAGGCACACCCUACAAGUACGACAAGACAAUCAGAACACAUACGAAAUUCGUUCAGGACGUUCGUUACGCGCCUUCUGGAGAUCAUUUCACCAGUGUGGGGUCAGAUUCGAGGAUCUUCCUUUACGACGGCAAGACCGGCGAAACGAUUGCGGAGUUUACAGACAGUCCACAUACGGGUAGCGUUAUGGCCUGCUCGUGGAGUCCAGACAGUAAAUCAUUCAUCACUUCGUCGGCCGAUUGUACUGUCAAAUUAUGGGACGUUGAAGCACGCAAAGCAACAGCAUCGUGGUCGCUUGGCUCUGGUGUAAAUAACCAACAAGUUGGCAACGUCUGGACUCGCGAAGCGGAUCUUGUGUCGCUAUCGUUGUCUGGUGAUCUCAAUGUCUUUGAUGCCAGAGCAGGCAACAAGCCAGCACGGAUUAUAACAGGUCCUCAGAAGUCUAUAACGGCCAUUGCACCCUCUACUUCAACGACAUUCCUUGCUGGUACUGCAGACGGUCGAGUAGUCGAGUUCACCUCGUCGACUGGUGAGGCAACCGCCGUUCAAGGCGACGGUCACACCAAUAUUGUUGUUGGACUUGCUGCAACGCCCACCGGCAAAGUGCUCUCAGCUGGCUAUGAUGACCGUGUCCGCGAAAUUUCCGGUGGAAGCUUUGCGAAAGGCUCAGUCGGCACUGGGUCGCAGCCCAAAACGCUUGCUGCGGGUUCAGAUGGGACCGCGUUUGUCGUUGAAGCUGGAGGUGUGGAAGCCAUCCGUGACAACCAGAAGGUUGCGCAACUGUCGACGAGCUUCAAUGCGAGUGCGGUUGGGGCCAGCACCAACAACGUUAUUGCUGUCGGUGGAGAGGACCAGAAAGUGCGGCUGUAUGAGUGGAGCGGCACCAAGUUCACGGAGAUCGGGCUUCUUGAAAACAACAAGGGUGUCGUCUCUGCUUUGGCGUUCUCGCCUGACGGCUCAUUACUGGCUGCGGGUGAUUCCAGCGGACGGAUAGUCCUAUUCGAUGUCAAAGAGAAGAAGAUGGUCACCGCUCGAUGGUCUUUCCAUUCUGCUCGCGUCAAUUCUUUGGCUUGGACUUUGGACGGUAAACAUUGUGCAUCCGGUUCAUUGGAUACACAUGUCUAUGUCUGGAGUGUGGACAACCCGUCUCGGAACAUUGCUCUCAAGAACGCUGGACCUGGCGGAAUCAACGGGGUUAUGUGGGUUGCUGAAGGCAAACUCGCUGGUGCUGGCGCCGAUGGAUGCAACAAAAUAAAGGGCAACAGUUCUUCUGAAAAGGUCGAGUUGACAGAACAAGAGGCGGAGGAAUACCCCCAUGGUUUGAAGCUGGCACUGUUAUUGCUCACUCUUUGCAUCGCCGUGUUUCUCGUUGCGUUGGACAACACUAUUCUUGCCACUGCACUUCCAAAUAUUUCCGACUAUUUUAAUUCGCUGGACGAUGUUCCGUGGUACAUCAGCGCGUAUCUCCUGACAAGCUCUUCAUUCCAACUGCUCUUUGGAAAAUUGUACUCGUUUCUGCCAAUCAAAUGGGUGUUUAUAUCUGCGGUAACAAUAUUUGAAGUUGGGUCAGCUAUCUGUGGGGCGGCACCUACUUCGACCGCUUUGAUUGUUGGCCGAGCUAUCGCGGGUUUAGGCUCUGCGGGAAUAUUUAGUGGGGCUCUUAUUAUCAUCUCCCACUCGAUUCCUCUCGAAAAACGUGCGACAUAUCUAGGCUUGGUGCAAGGAAUGUUUGGAAUCGCAUCUGUGGCUGGUCCACUCCUGGGUGGUGCAUUUACUGACAAAGUGACUUGGAGAUGGUGUUUCUACAUAAACCUUCCUGUCGGCUCGAUAACCCUGUUGUUCAUGACCUUCUUUUUCAAAAUGCCGCCAGCUAAGCAGCAAACACUCUCGGACACCACGUUAUGGGCACGAAUUAAACAACUUGAUCCGCUCGGGACCAUCACGUUCGUCCCCGCUAUUGUGUGUUUGCUGCUCGCGAUGCAAUGGGGCGGCACGAAGUACGAGUGGUCCAAUGGUCGCAUCAUUGCACUUUUCGUGCUUUUCGGAGUUUUACUGGUUGCUUUUGCGGUCAUCCAGUGGAAGGUUCAAGAUUCCGGAACUAUCCCACCAAGGGUUUUCAAACAACGCAGUGUAUGGGCAGGCUCAAUUUUCGCAUUCAGUCUUGGUGGUGGAUUUAUCCUGCUGGUAUACUAUGUGCCAAUAUGGCUCCAGGCAAUCAAAGGCGUAUCCGCUGUUCAUUCAGGCAUUGACACCAUACCGAUGAUUGGCUCGCUGGUGUUUGGCAUUCUUUCAUCAGCAAUGGUCAUUUCCGCUGUUGGAUUCUACGUCCCUUUCCUAUACCUUUCCACCAUUCUCAUGUCGAUCGGUGCUGGCCUAUUAUCAACUUUCACCACCACCACAAACACUGGGCAGUGGGUUGGAUAUCAAAUUAUCUACGGUGUUGGUGUCGGCUUCGGCGCGCAAAUUCCUGUCUUGGCAGCUCAGACUGCUCUGCCAGAGGCGGACAUGGCGGUCGGGACGACAAUUCCCAUGUUCAUGCAGUCGAUCGGCGGCGCGCUUUUCGUUUCCGUUGGGGCCAACAUUUUCGCGGGACAGCUCGCCAGUGGUUUGGUUGCGCACGUGCCCGGAAUAGAGCCCUCCAUUGUGCUGAAUGCGGGGGCCACCAGCCUGGCGCACACCAUCGACCCGCAAUAUCUCCCUAUCGUCGUGGAAGUCUACAAUUCUGCACUGAUGAAGGCGUUCAAAGUCGGGAUCGCGAUGAGCGCGCUGUCAAUUGUUGGCGCGUUAUCAAUGGAGUGGAGAAGCGUUAAGCUGAAGGGUCGCAACAACGUAGACCGUGUUUAG